UGAGAUUAGCCUCUAACUCCAGUCGACCCGCCGCAAGAGCGUGCCAGGAAGGGAGGGAGAGAGGGACCAUGGCCGCCACUGCUGCUGCAGCAGUCCAGGGGCUAACGAGGGUUAGGUUCUCUGAGCUUCGGCCCCAACUUUCUGAUCAGGUUCUUGGAGUUCUGGAAGAGGAGGGGUUCGAAUUUUGUACCCCCGUUCAGGUCGCUACUAUCCCCUUGCUCUGCUCGUUCAAGGACGUUUGCGUCGAUGCCGCUACCGGUUCCGGGAAGACCCUCGCUUUCGUCGUCCCACUCGUCGAGAUCGUCCGCCGAGCCACUGCCCAGCAACCCCUGAAGCCCCACCAGGUUUCAGGAAUCAUUAUUUCACCAACAAGAGAAUUGUCCACUCAGAUAUACCAUGUCGCGCAGCCAUUUACUUCGACUGUCCCUAAUUUUAAAACCAUGCUUCUUGUUGGAGGGUUGGAUAUAAAAGUUGAUUUAAAGAAAAUAGAGGAGGAAGGUGCGAAUCUUCUCAUAGGCACUCCUGGAAGGCUAUACGACAUAAUGGAACGCGUGGAAAGCUUGGACUUUAGAAGCUUGGAGGUUUUGAUUCUUGAUGAGGCAGAUAGACUUCUAGAUAUGGGUUUCCAAAAGCAAAUCUCUUCCAUAAUAACUCGUUUACCAAAGCAACGAAGAACUGGUCUUUUCUCUGCCACUCAAACGGAGGCUGUUGAAGAGCUAUCCAGAGCAGGAUUGAGAAACCCUACGAAGGUUGAAGUUAGAACUGAUGCCCAGUUACCAGCUGACUCUAUGGCAGAAAGAUCCUCUUCCAAGACACCAUUGGGGCUCCAUAUUGAGUAUCUCGAAUGUGGAGCAGAGGUGAAGCCAUCACAUCUUGUUGAUUUUCUGUACAAUAAUAAACAAAAGAAAGUCAUAGUCUAUUUCAUGACCUGUGCUUGUGUUGAUUACUGGGGAGUUGUCUUACCUCAGCUUGGACUUCUUAAAGGUUGUUAUAUUGUUCCACUCCAUGGAAAAAUGAAGCAGACUGCUAGAGAGAAAGCUUUAGCUUCUUUCAUGGAAUUGUCAAGUGGUAUCCUGUUAUGUACUGAUGUUGCAGCACGAGGGCUUGACAUUCCAGGGGUUGAUUGGAUAAUCCAGUAUGACCCGCCUCAAGAUCCAAAUAUGUUUGUGCACCGUGUUGGUCGGACUGCACGCAUGGGUAGACCAGGAAGUGCUAUCGUAUUCCUACUGCCCAAGGAGGAAGCGUAUGUUGAUUUUCUACGUAUAAGAAGAGUUCCUCUUGAAGAAAGGAAGUGUUCUGCUGCUGCUUUAGAUGUAGUUCCUCAGAUACGUGAAGCUGCAAGAAAAGACCGUGAUGUUAUGGAAAAGGGACUGAAGGCAUUUGUAUCAUAUAUUCGUGCGUAUAAAGAACAUCAGUGUUCAUAUAUUUUCAGGUGGAAAGAGCUGGAGAUAGGGAAGCUAGGAAUGGGUUAUGGCUUAUUGCAGCUUCCUUCAAUGGCAGAGUUGAAGCAUCAUAACUUGUCAACCGAUGGUUUUAUCCCUGUGGAGAACAUCAACUUGUCAGAGAUAAAGUACAAAGACAAAGCUCGUGAGAAGCAACGCAAGAAGAAAAUGUUACGGAAACAAGAACUGGAACAUUUGGAGCCAAAACCUGACAAACCAAAGACAAAUGUUGACACAAGCAAGACAGUUACAAGGAAGAAAACAGGUAGGCAGCGGCGGGCUGUGCAGAGUAUGCAAGACGAAGAUGAAUUGGAAAGAGAAUAUCGUUUACUAAAGAAGCUGAAGAAGGGAAAAAUCAGUGAAAGUGAGUUUUCAAAACUGAUGGGACUUGGUGAUUGCUUAAGUGGGGAAUCAGAGUUAGAGGAGUCUCAAAUUAGCAACCCGGAGAUGAGUGAGUCCACAAAAGCAGUGAGAAGGACGGGAAAAAAUAGCAAGCAGCACAAAGGAGCUACUAAAAUCUCAAGUAUGGCAUCUAGCAGAAAGGAAAGCCAAGAUCUAAGGCGGAGCAAGUUGGGUGGUAGCCAUAGGCAUGGCAAAAAGGGCAAGGCUCAGAGGCAGAAAAAGUGAACACGACAGCAAGUCGGUAGACACAGUUGUGCACAAGUUCAGUACUGCUAUCAAAUGACACAACAGGAAAUUAUCUUCUCAUGUUGUUCCAACAGCAACAAAGAAGUCUGGCGGAGCACUGAAAUGAAUUGGCAGUCCUGAAACGAAUGUUCUGGUGCUGUUGUAACCAUAGAACAUUUAGUUUGGGCCUUGCUUGGUGGGCUACAAUUUUGACUCUACUUCGAGAGCUUUAUUUGUGGGAAAACCUAUUGCCCGAUCCCAACUAUGCUCUUUUAUUCAGUUACUGAGCCGUGUUUAUUUGAGAUGCUAACGGGCAUAUUUUCCAGGAAACCCACGUCCGUUUGUAUAACUCGUUGCCCGCAACCAUGCGUUUCAAUAUAUGAAAAGAUCGGGUUUUCUGCAUC